AUGGCUCGUUCGAUUUCACUCUCGUCCAGCAACCCUGUUUCCCCCGGCCGGGACAAGACAGUAGACAAUGACCAAAAGAAUUCUUCCAGCCUGGUCCAUAUCCGCCUAAGUGGCUGGAGCCAGCAAGUAGCCUUCCUUGACCUGAAAUCGGAACUCAUCAGAACGCUACAGUCCCCUCAGCCGUACCUGCCUUCACUUCUCCUCUGGGAUGAUCACGGCAUCCGCCAAUUCAACGCUCUCACGCUCCACCCCAACUACUAUCCCAGCUGGAUGGAAAUGGACAUGUUAGGCUGCGGCAGCCUGCGCAAAACCGGCGUCAUCCUCUCGGCUUUCGAGCCUCUGGGCCGUCCGAUCACCUACUACGCGCUAGAUGUCUCAGCUGGCGAACUUCACGCCAGUCUCAAGAUGUUGAAAAAUGCCUUUGUAGACUCAGCCGCGGUCUCGAUCAGCGGUCUGCAUGGCACCUAUGACGACUGCGCCACUUGGCUCGCCUCAUUCUCAUCCUCGCUUCUUCCGGGUUUGGGUACCGGCCGAGCUAUCUCCUUCUUAUGGUUGGGCAACAGUAUUGCCAACAUGAGCGCCGCCGAAGCCAGCGCCCUACUUAUGUCGCUUCCUCAUCACCAGCGAUGCCUGCGGGGACCCGGCCACCGUGCUGAGGUCCUACAACCCGGGUUUAUCUUCAGCGGGCUGCAGUGCGCCAACCGAGUGCUGGGUGCCGAGGUUUUCCACCCCACGAUGUUCCGCUGCGAGACCGACUUAAAAGAGGAGCAUCGGCUCCUGCAGGUGUCCUAUGUCGCGAAACGGAGGACGGAGCUGGUGUGGCCUGGGUUGGGGGGCCCCUAUCGCGUCGUUCUGCGCGAGGGCCAGAGAGUGCCGAUUAUCCAAAGUUAUAAGUGGUCAGCUGAUGAUAUGAGCCAGAUUUGCCAUGCGGCGGGACUUGGGGUACGGCAAAAAUGGAAGGACCCGAAUAUGGACUAUUGGGCGCUUACAUACUACAUCCGUCGAGACUUGAAUGACUGGCCGGACCAUCUUUGCGUCGACAUCCUAAAGAAUAUUGCAAAUGCUAUGGAACCGGGAAGGUCGCGCUUGGUCAUCGCAGAAAUUGUUGUGCCCCCUACAGGAGGUGAUUCAAAGACCGGAUGGAUGGAUCUAGUUUUGAUGACUGUCACUGGUGUCGAGCGCAGGGCUAACGUAGUUCACUACCUGCCGCCCGACACCGCCUGCCUGUCAGAAGUACGAGCAGCUGACAGCCAAUGGAUGUUGGAACAUAUUGCCAAGCAUGGGCGCCUGCCCCCGGUUUCGUCCUCGCUUAGUCAUCAUUUAUCGACGAUGGUCGCAUUCCAGGGAAAGGGGAGAACAAAGUUUGUCCUUGUGGUAGCUCUCUCUCUUGUCAUAGUCGUUAUCUAUCAGCUUAGUUACACCGACCAUUUUAUCCACACCGGGAAUUUGUCCUCGUCUGUAAGGAUAAUCAAUAGAUGCAGUCCCGAUACCCUCAAGCCUCUUAAUAACUUGCACCCCGGCUCUGCAAUACCCAACACUGUCCACCAAAUAUGGAAAACAGCAGACGUGCAAAACUACUCUACAGAGCUGAAAGCAUCACGCGAGUCCUGGACGACCAUGUUUGAGGCCCAAAAUUACACCGUCAAACUCUGGACUGAUGACGACGUGCUUGAACUCAUCAAAGCCAAGUAUGCUUGGCUGCUGCCGACAUACAGAAGCUAUCCUCACAAUAUUCAGCGUGCCGACAUCGCCAGGCUGCUGGUCAUCCACAACGAAGGCGGCAUCUACUCGGACCUAGACGUUUAUCCCGGCUCAGCCGAGGACAUACAAUGCCUCCAACACCUCGGAUUGGAAGCCAUAUUCUCCCCAACAUCAGGCACACUCGGGCUUAGCAAUCACUUCUUUAUGGCCGAGCGUGGGUCUCCGUUCCUCCAAUGGGUUCUGUACGAGGCCAAGCGGCGGGCAUCUGGGAUGGGGUCGCAACGUAUAAUCCCACCAUACCUACAGGUCUUUUGGUCUACGGGCCCGAUAAUGUUGACGGCGGCGCUUAGGGAGUACGCUUGGCUAUACGGCACGUUGUGGCAUGAUAUAGGGCUUCUGGACGAAGGGUAUGGCGGCGCAGUAAUACACCAUGCUGCUGGGCGGUCUUGGCAGGGGUUUGACGGGCAGGCAUUUAAUUAUAUUGCAGAUCAUGAGAUACCAUGGUAG